AUGUCCGGCGGAUACGAAUGCUCGAGCCUGGCGCAGGAUGACGUGGUGAGGCUGCUCGCGACCUACACGCACAUCGGCACCACGAACGUCGACCACCAAAUGGAGCAGUACAUCUACGCACGACGCGCUGAUGGCACCCACAUCAUCAACUUGAAGCAAACCUGGGAGAAGCUGCUGCUCGCGGCGCGUGCCAUCGCAGCCGUCGAGAACCCCGCUGAUGUGAUCGUCGUCUCGGCCCGUCAAUUCGCCCACCGAGCCCUGAUGAAGUAUGCUGCGCAUACAGGAGCCACCCCGGUUUUCGGCCGUUUCGCCCCGGGCGCCCUCACUAAUCAAAUCCAGAAGAACUUCAAGGAGCCGCGCAUUAUCAUCAUCUCCGACCCGCGGAUUGACCAUCAGGUCGUCACGGAAGCUUCAUACGCCAACGUGCCGAUCAUCGCCUUCACCAACUCUGAUUCGCCGUUGAAGUUGAUCGACAUCGCCAUUCCGUGCAAUAACAAAGCCGCACAAGCUGUUGGUCUGAUGUGGUGGCUGCUCGCUCGCGAGGUGCUCAUCCUGCGUGGCAAGGUGUCUCGUGAUGGACCGUUCCUGAUCGAGAACACGGAAAUCAUGCCGGAUCUCUACUUCUUCCGCGACCCAGCCGAUAUCGAGAAGGAGCAAGCUGCUGAAGAAUUCGAGGCCGCGCUGCCCCGGAGAUCAAGGACUGGGCGGCCGAGACGAAAGAAGAUGGCGCCAGCACGCAAGGGCAAGACCAAGGAGGAGCAGCCCGUCGUCGCCCUGGGCCCGCAAGCUCGCGAGGGUGAGAACGUCUUCGGUGUCGCGCACAUCUACGCCUCGUUCAACGACACCUUCGUCCACGUCACCGACAUUUCCGGCCGCGAAACGAUCGUGCGGGUCACUGGUGGCAUGAAAGUCAAGGCCGACCGUGAUGAGUCUUCGCCCUACGCUGCCAUGCUCGCCGCCCAAGACGUUUCAGAACGCUGCAAACAGCUCGGCAUCAACGCGCUCCACAUCAAGAUUCGGGCCACCGGCGGCACGCGCACCAAGUCGCCCGGACCAGGAGCCCAGUCCGCCCUGCGCGCCCUCGCCCGAAGUGGAAUCAAGAUCGGCCGCAUCGAAGACGUCACCCCAAUCCCGUCCGACAGCACCCGAAGGAAGGGAGGACAUCGCGGACGUCGCCUC